AUGCCUGGAUGGAGGUCUCAGUGGCGUCUCGUACUGCUGAACUCCCUGACUUGUGGCCUGGAGAUCUGUGUGGCAGCUGGGAUCACAUACGUGCCCCCACUGCUGCUGGAGGCUGGGGUGGAGGAGCGCUACAUGACCAUGGUGCUAGGUAUUGGUCCAGUGCUUGGCCUCUUAUUCAUCCCUCUGAUUGGCUCAGCCAGUGACCACUGCAACAGCAGUUAUGGCAGACGACGGCCUUUCAUCUGGCUGCUGUCUUUAGGAGUCCUUCUGGCACUCUUCAUCAUUCCCCAUGCCGAUGUACUGGCUGCACGCCUUGCCUGGGGUGGGCGCACCCUCCAGGUGGGAUUCCUUAUCCUUGGGGUGGGCCUCCUUGACUUUUGUGGACAAGUGUGCUUCACACCACUGGAGGCUCUUUUGUCGGACCUUUAUCGGGACGAGGAGGACUGUGGCCAAGCCUUUGCCAUGUUCUCCUUCAUGGUCAGCUUGGGAGGCUGUGUGGGUUAUUUGUUACCAGCCCUGGACUGGAGCCGCGGCCUGCUCUCUGCUUACCUAGGAGGCCAGGCAGAGUGCCUCUUCUCCCUUCUCAUCCUCAUCUUCAUCUCCAGUGUGCUCAUCACCAUGAAGGUGUCUGAGGAGCCCUCGUGUGCCAGCAGUGGCUUGGUGGGAUCUGGAUCUUUACUGGAAUCAGGAGCAGGUGCAAUGGAGGCUGGACGGUGUGGCGUGCCGCGGUCAUGCUGUUACCUGCUGAAGUGCAAGCUGAGGCUGCUCAAGUCUGGACCUUUGCUGUGUCUGCUGAGAACUUGUUGGUCCAUGACCCCAGCCAUCUACAGGAGCUACUGCCAUGUCCCGCGGGUGAUGAGGCAGCUUUGUGUGGCUCAGCUCUGCAGCUGGAUGGCGGUCAUGUCUUUCAUGCUUUUCUACACGGACUUUGUGGGGGAAGGCCUGUACGAGGGCGUGCCAAGUGCAUUACCAGGAAGUGUGUCCAGGCAAAGAUACGAUGAAGGUAUCCGUAUGGGCAGUCUGGGCCUGUUCCUGCAGUGUGCUACCUCAACCUUCUUCUCCCUGGUUAUGAGUCGUUUGGUUCGCCAUUUUGGCUCGCGGCGGGUCUACAUGAGCAGUAUAGUGAGCUUCACAAUCUCUGCUUUGGUCAUCUGCCUGUCCAAAAGUGUGGUCUUGGUCACUGUAAUGGCAGCCCUCACUGGCUAUGCGUAUGCCACACUGCAGACUCUGCCCUACACACUCACCUGCCAGUACCACAAGGAAAAAGAGGUCUAUAUGCCAAAAAGGAAAACCAAAAGCGAGCAUAAAAAUGGUAUUACAACUAAGCGGGACUCUGUGUAUUUGACUCCUGUGGAAGAGGAGGGCGGAGUGAACCACAAAACAGGGACUCCCUAUGGUCAUGCUUUCUAUAGCCAGGACAGUUACGAGUACUACCCCAGUCCACACAGCCAGAACGGCUCAUCUCUCAGUGCCAGUGGCUGCGAACAAGAGGAGGCCGAGUCUGGGUUUGAGAAACGUGGUGUGGGUUUGGACUUUGCCAUCUUAGACAGCACCUUCCUCCUCUCUCAGGUUUUCCCCACCCUCUUCAUGGGCAUGAUCGUUCAGUUUGCACAGUCCGUCACUGCCUAUAUCGCCUGCUCUGUCAUCUUCGGUGCCGUCGCCAUCUACCUGGCCAGUGAAAUCAUCUUUGACCAAAAGGACCUCAAAAGCUGAGACUUGGAUGCAAAAGAUGCGGGAGCGAUUGGAAUCAGAAGUAACCAACCAAUCAUUCAGGUUCCAUGGGUGGAACGCAACAAUGCACUACUGUUUCCAGAAUGCCUUGCUCUAGUACCGUGUGUUAGCUUUUAUAAAAGCUCUGCGUUGGGGAAGUGUGUGUCAGGUUAUUAGAGAAAGUGGCUCACAAAAGAAAAUGUAACAAGAGACGUGUUUUCUGCCAACGAUGUGCUGUUUCUAUGGUAGAGCAGAUAGAGUUACCUGCCACCUGAAGAGUCAACACCAACUGUGUGCUCAGGUCAGGUGUGAUACUCUCUGUACUAAAUGCAAUUGAAUUCUAUAGAAACCUCUUCAAAAACCUUGUGUUUUGACAUCUUUUCUGUCCAUCAACUUUUUUCCUCAGGUACCACAAACAGACUUACUGUAGAACUCAUCAACCUCAGAUACACACCUUCUAAUCCUUUUUUAAUGGUCUUAUCCUGAGCUAUCCACAAUUUUUAAAGUCUGUUUUGUACGCCAAACAACAUGUUAAACACAGUGUUGGCUUGUUCAUACUCAUCUGCAAGAUCUGGAAGCUGAUUAUCAGUUGAUUGAGUCUGUUUUUAUUCACAGUGGCAAAAUGGAUAGAUUAAUGCAUUGUUUCUACCCGUUCAGAAAGUAGAAUUACAACUGGGACCAUUGGACUUGUCCAUCCAGGAUGAAAAAUACUCUCAAAGGGGUACUCCAGUGAUUUAUUAUUGCAACUCCAUAAAGCUGGGGGACUUGUGAGAGAGAGAUUUGAGAAAAAGAAAGGUGAAAUUAUCUUUGUCUUUUAGUCCCUACAAUGGGUCAAUCUUCAAAAAUAGUUGGUCCUAUAUAAUACAACUCAACAUCAUCUUUCAUUAGACCUUCCCCACGUGUUAAUUGUCAUCAUAUUUUAAACUCCAUGCCCUCAAUCUGUAUUGCAAUUUCUCUUUAAUGCCUUACAUGUCAAACUGACGUCAAAGAAGUGGCGAUGAAGGUUGACGAAUGCGUCCCCUCACGUCGCCUGUAUUGUGGCCAUAAAAGUUGCACUGAAUAUGGUGCAAAGACUACAGCCAAUGACCAACUAGCACACACAGGUGCCUGCAAAAAAAGGAAAUAACUCUCCAUACCAGCAGGUGGCGGUGGUCUGUUUUCAUCACUCACAAAGGGAAACCGGAAGACUGACAUGAGGAUUUAAGACGCUAGUUAGUCAGUUAGCGCAUAAACAACACAACUCGAUGUUGUGAUCGCAUGCCCUUUUGACUUUAGCUGAUUGGCUUAAGCACUUAAGUUUCUCUUCUCGUCCACUGAGCUGAACUGCCAAUCAGAGUGAUUUCAUUCACAAACAGGUCUCACUGUCUCUGACACUGAUACAACAUGCUGAAAUGGUGAAAAAAAAAUAAAAAAGCCAGCAAGGGCAGACUAGUGCCAACGGUGCGGGACACACUGCAAAAACUAGGGCGACAGACACUUACCAACAUUGAUCAACAGCAGACGGUUGGCUUGGUGUGUCAGGGCCUUUACUCACAAUAACCCUGAUGACAUCACUAUGUCAUCAUGCAGGUUAUUUUUCUCAUACCUGUCAAAGCUCCUCCAGUGCCAAAGAGGACAUUAAACAACAGCGUUCACAGGCUGAACAGAACUCCCCAUAACAAGUAAAUUGACCUUUAUGUGUAAAAUUGGUGGAGUACCCCUUUAAAAAUUCAGCUGUACUCUGAUGCUGGGCCCCGUCUUAUGUGCCACCCCCACAUGUCCAGUGUCAUCUAUUAAUUAAUGAACAGUUCUACUGUAAAUAUUUUGUAUACAAAUUUACUGUAUAUCCCUAUGGGAAUUUUGUUAUGCAACCUGUUGAGGUGAGGUCAUCGACUGUGGUGGUUUUAAGAAUGAAGCUGUUUACUGGAACUGGAAAUAUUGCAUCAAACCUUUUCUGUCUGGAUAAUCAAGAGCAGUUUAGUUCACUGCUCCUCCUGUCCACCUAUGCUUCUGAUCAGGACAGUUGUCUCAGGUUAGUACAUUGUUUUAGGAUCCCAUCCUGUCCUUAUGCCACUGAUAAAACACUUUCCCUGCUGCCUAAACCUUCAUGUUUUACUGUGUUCUCAAAUGACAAUCUAAGACAUCUACAUAGGCUUGUUACGUAAUGCUGUGUGUAAACAUGUAGGGAGAUGUCUGAUGGAAGCCCGCUUCAUAGCACCCAAUCCUGAAAGACCAAAAAAUGUUGUGCAGUAAAUGGAAAUAUUUGGUUACUGAAAAUAAUGGGAGAGAAGGCGGUGUAUGUUGGGGGCUGAAGGCCAAGCUGAGGUGUGCGUCUGUCUCUCUGUCUGUGUGUGUCUGUGUGCGUGCGCGUGUCUGCAUAUACAUAACAUGGAGGACAAAUAGUGAGAAAGCAUUAGAAAUAUUUAAGUGCAAGGCUAAUGAAAAACGAUAUGACUCAAGUGCGUGCAGAUUUUUUCUCACCAGUUAUAAUAAACUUUUGACUUCAGCCUGGCCCAUAUGAUGCUGUGUGUUACAAUGUAUCGUGGCCUUCAGUUGAGCUUUUGGCCAGCCGGUUGGUGUAAACACCAUUCUUGUUUCACAACCGGUAAGAGAGUUCAUUUGAGCCUUUUGUAUCCAGGUUGUCUGAUCCCACACAACGGGUGAUGAAUUGGGUUCUGCAGAUACAAAUAGUCCCCGAAGGAUCUUUUUGCCUGAGGUGCGCUCAGCGUGAGAGAAGGAAAAACAGCAGAGGAUUUGUUUGUCAUGUUGACACCACUGCAGAGCAGAACACUCAAGCAGCUGAAUUAUCCUUUUCACCCCGAAAUGCACAGAAAAAUAUUGUUUAGCAGUAGCUGAAAUGUCAGGAAAAAAAAGGUUGUUUUACAAGUGCCUGUACAUUUUUUCAAACAUUUUUUGUACAUAUGUAUUUAUUUAUUAUGCUUUUAUUACAGAAUAGCACGUAUUAAACUAUUGGCCUCUUUGGCAUCGUUCAUAGGUGCAAUGGUGAAGGCUGUUUCUGUGAAAAAGAUAAAUUAUUUGUAUAGAUGUGGAAUAGAAGCAUCAUCAAACUAUAAUUUAUUUUAUCAUUACACACUCUAUCCUGUGGCUCUGAUAACAUCACAGAGCAUAUGGCAGAUGAGAAUACAGAAAGUUACCAGUAUUCCCUCUUUGGUCAUUUUCCACAUAACCUGUAUGUGCUGAAAACUUUACUCCUGUCACACAACUGAGAUGCUUGUGAUUUUUUUUUUUCCAGAUGCAAAUCAGAAACAGCAUCAUUGUGUCAAUACUGCUUUAUCUGGGUCCUGUAUAACCACUUGUUUGUUCUUAUCAGAGAUCUGUGCUAUUGUUGAAUUUAACAGAUAAAUACUAGAUAUCUUUACCUGGGUCAGUGGAGUUGCUUUCAGUCCCCGUUGCUCUCAACCAAAUGCCCUGUUUCAUUUCAGACAAAAAAAAGUGCCAGUGGUCCGACUAUGUUAAAGGCCAGAAGUGUUCUGAUGUCAUUGAUCAGGUUUUUUUUUUAAUGGCUAUUUGUCAUACAAUUUGUCACCUGUGUUGUCAUCAUAAAUGCAUUCAGCCAUAACAAAAAAAUGUAUUUCAUUUCCAUUAUACAUCAGAUUGUGUAUAAAUAUGCAGUUACCAUAUAGAUUUUAUACAAAAUAAAAGAGCUGCAUUGUUAA